GUGGACAGAAAGUAAAUGAACUCAAUGGUUGUGGCUUUCUGGUUGUUGUGAGAGUUCUUCUUGGUCACACCAGUACAUGGGACCUUUUUUCUGACUACAACCAUGUCCCAGAGUUCCGAGAUGGCUCAAAGUCAGAAUCAGGAGAACACACCCCCCGAAAGCCUAGGUGUGGCGAGAAUUCUGCGGUCGAGUGGCGCACGGCUCUUCAAGAGUCAUUCCAAGAAAAAACAGCCUUUGCAGCAGCGCCAUAGUGUUGAUGAUGAGGGAGAGAGUACUGGACUUCACAAGCUCGUCAGGAGAUCAUCCAGCGCUUCCCAAAUUGCCUUGCGCUGCUUGAAGAAAGUCCGCAGCAGCCGGAGCCAACAACAGCUAUCGGACAAUCCCUCUCAACAUUCUGUCCGGUUCGAUUUAGCAAAAAACAAAAACCAUUGCUACGAGGAUGAGAACUACAUGUACAACAGUCGCCAACAACAAGCUCCAUACGGUUACGAACCUGGCUACAAGGCAGAUGAGAAGAAUGUAGGCAAAAAUGACGAUGCUUGUGGCUACUAUUACAGAGACGACGAAAUUGAUGAGGAAGGAAGCAGCUCGGAUACAGAAACCGUAGACUACUCGGCGAAACCGGGCACGGCCCGGACGAAUCCAGCUCAAUCAGAGGGCAAAGAGAACACGCAACAGGAUUGUGACGUGCAACGCAAACACGGUGAUUCUCCUUCUGCAUCUACGACUAGCCCAGAGUCAUUGCAAAGUCAUGAAUCGCCUCAGUACGCUGUCCUUGUUGAUGUGUCAACUGCACAAGGGCAAAGGCUCUGCUCGCAUGUGGAAGACCAAGAUUUGCACAACGCAUCGAUAACAACAGACGAAUAUUGUGAUUAUCGCCAAGGUCGAAUUCUCGCUGAGGUACAUCGCACCCAGGACCGCGAGCCGAAUCGGAACUGCUCACCAAUUCCAGAAGACUCUAGACAGCCGAUCGCUGAGAUCGAAAUGGAUAAACAGCUGGAUUCUAAACCUGCUUCAGCUUCUAAAAGUACUGCCGAUGAUCUACCAGAGGUUGUUGCUGUUCCGCCGACUGACUCCACUCCUGCCAAAUUGCAAAGCAAUUCGCCCGGCAAACGCAAGCCAUCCGCUGACCUAACAGAGGCAGAUGGAUCGGCCGCAAAACGUGUUUUUAUCAAAACAAAUGCUGGCCAGCGAUCAGAGGUCGACCACCGCAUUGAGCAUCUAAAAGCGGAGAUUCAGAAAGAGGAAGAAAUUGAGCGACAGGCCACACAGGCACUUGAACUCAGUCAGUCCAGGGGUCAGCGAGUCACUGACGAGGAGAUUGCAGCCGAAAAGCUACUGCUUCUCUCAGGUAUCAAGGUUGGCAAAUGCCAGUCAGAACUGAAGCAGCUGCAGCAGUCUGGGGAGGAGGGUGGUAUUCGACGCCAGGCCAGCGACUCAUCCAUCAUAUUCAGCCCGAUCCAAAGUCGUCCCUGCGUAGCCACUGUUCAUCUCAGUGACAUCUGCUUGCCGCUGCAUCUCGGCUUCCUGUCGUCGCUGGGCAGGGAAAGUGUCGGCGAGUUCUUCAUUGCUGCUCGCUGCGGCUCCGAGGUGGUGGCAUCAACCAAGGUGAAGUCCACACGCCACGCAGCCAGCCUGAGCAGUGGAAUUGUGUUUGACGACACUCUCACGUUGGAGCGUGUGCACUGCGACUCCCGUAUCGAAGUUGAAGUCUACUACUUCACAACAAGCUGCAAAUCCCGAGAUCAGGAACCCGGCACACCACUUUUAUCCACACCAACCAAACCCCGCCUCCUUCCAUCCGAUGGACAGCGUACCGUAUCAUCGUCUAAGCGUGGAACUCGUAGCUUGUGGCCGGAGUUUUCAAACAGUCCAUCAAGGUCUCCGGCUCCUGCACCUUCUCUACCGAAGAGCUCUCGUUUUCAGUUGGCUGCGUCCAGCAAUUUGUCACUGCCAGUGCUACAGAAGCAUACGCAGAUCAAGCUGCAAGAGUGGAGUGGCCAACACGUGGUGUUCGGUCAUGUCUUUGCUACUGUCACCGGCACAGCACAUUACGACGAGCAUCAGCAUACUGGAUUUUUAACGUGGAAAGAGGAGCUAGAAGGCAUUCCUAACUGGCGGCGUCUAUGGUGCGAGCAAGCCGGCGCGAGCAUCCGUGCUUGGCAAUAUCCGUCGGAUAAGGCCGUCAAGGAGCCUGUUCGGGUCAUUGACCUGCAUGAUUAUUCCAAGAGACAGUACUCCCUACGUGUUGACAUGGCUGAUCAUGAUGUCAGUGUGCGCAAGUACGCUAUCAUGCUGACCGCACUGCCACCACAUCAGAUUGGAAAGCGCCAGCCCGAGCCAGAAGUUGACACGUAUGUGUUCUCAGCCGACUCUAAGAUUGAAUGCUCCCAGUGGAUUGAUGCAUUGACUCGAUGUGUCGAUGAUCUCAGCACUUGGCAGCGCUUACCUCCCCGACAAGAGGACAACGUGGAACACGCUCUGUAAUAUCACGGAGCGUGUCUCGGCACCUUUCGGAUUAUUUUCGUUCUGCCCUUUGACUGAGUGAGAUCUGCAGGUUCUUCCUGCUCUGCGCGGCUAUGUCUCACAUCGUUGAGUUAUCUCUCUUUAUUGCAUUGUUGCGCCAUGCAUCUAGCAGUCCUAGCAGUUGAGCAGUAUACAUGGACACUGGUUGAUCCGUUUUACGCGCCGUGUCCACUCAUCAUAUCCCAGAAAUCAUUCCCCAGACGCACACAGGCACAUGGGUUCUAUUUAAUUUUUUUUUUUUUUACUUGUACAUUACAACAGGUUUGGUCAAAAUUCCUUCUAGUUCUCCAUCAGUAUCACUGAUCAACGGAUGUUUCCUAUCGGUUCCUUUCCCUAACAGCAUACAACACAUGUCUCUUGCUUUCUCGGCAUCACAUGUCUAAUUUUUUUAAUUACUCAGUAGUCAUUACGGUUUACCGGUACAAUAAUUUACAACUGCACGGUUGCGCAGAGUAGCUAACAGCCUUCCUGCCGAAAGGUGUAAGUUAUGCCUUUUGCUUGCUUUUGCCCGGCCUGAUGCUUCCCUUUGUUUUAUUGGUUUUUUUAUGUGGUUUCAUUGUUUAGCUGUUGUAUCGUUUAUGUCAAGUUUGGCAUCAGAUGUAGACGUGGGACCAGUCUAAAAAAGCAUCCCGUUGAUUUUAAAUUGAUUUCCAUGUUAUCUGCAUAA